AUGACAAAUCCCGACCUUCGGGGCCAGCUCCGGGAAUUAUCGGGGAAGAUGCUCCGUAGGGAUAACCAGGCUAAUGGUUCUGAUGCUAAGGACACUCAAGAUACCCCUCCACGCUUGUCUGGAACAAGUGAGCUAAGGUCACCUCCAAUGCCUUUGCUUCCACCACAAAUCACUCGGCCGCAAGGAUUUGCUAAUGAGAGCAAGGAAAAUGACAUCAAGUUUGCCGUCGAUUUGCUGGAUACCUUGCUCAAACAGUGCCGUCAACUCAGGGAGGAAAAUUCGAGGCUCAAGAAGGAUCUCAAACGGAAAGUUGAGCAUGAUCGUUUGGUCACUAAAGAGCUCGAAAAACUUAAGCUGGACAGUCAGUUUAAGUCGGAACAGGAACAACGUUUGCAAGAUCGUGCGUGGGAAUUAGAGCUGAAACUUAACUUUUUGCAAGAGCAGAUGCAAAGUCAGGAACAACUGGCUCGCGAGUCAUCCCAAAGUCAUGCUGAGGAACUAGCAAUUCUGGAUAAGUUUCAACGUGAAAACGAUGAAUUGCGCAAGAAGCUGUCUCAAUUGGAACAGAGUCUUGCAGUUUUAAAGCAACAGCUGCAAAUUCAAAUUACCCAGUUGACUGCGAAAAUUAACGAUCUCAAUGACGAAUGUGAUCAGUUGAAAUUAUACUCAUCACAAGCAACCCUUACAACCCCGUCUUCGCCUCCGCGUGUACCUUCUAACAUUGGAGAACCUGACGAACUUGAGGAUUUUGAUCUAGUUCUCGACACGGCUAGUGAAGUACCAGUACCUCGCCCGGAUCCAUCGAACAUCAAAAUGGAGGCAGAGACUUUACGUGCUAACUUGUUGAAUGCUAACAGAACCAUUGUACGUUUACGUCAAGCCGCGCUCAAGCAGCGUCAACAUUUACAACUGGCACCACUGGGACCCUUGGAACAGCUGUCUCCGCGUAAAGCUCGUGCGCGCAAACUGGGGCUGUUCCCGCUGUUUGUCCCGCCCCAACCCAAAAGAGGAUUAUCACCACUGAAACGUAACCUGACAAUUACUACUUUUGAGGAUCAUGAGAAUCUGGGUGAAUGGGAGAAUUUCAUCGAGGACUUAGCUCCACAUACCGUACACCAUGAGCUGGAUGACGAUCUGAUUGGCCUGGCUCGACUGUUUAAUUAUGCUACUGUCACUAGCGAUGCUCUGAUUGCCUAUGCUCACACUCUGUCACUGGAAGAUGACUUGGCUGAAGAUUCCCGACUUAAGCAGGAGCGUUCACUUGCUCGGAAGGCUCUGCAACAGCGUAUCGAUACUUAUGUUGAAGAGAAUAAUCGGAUCCUUGUUUCAUAUGAUGAUUACAUGUCCUUGAAGGAGCGUGCUGAGGUUGAUGUCGUUGAGGCGACUCGAGCCGAGGGUUUCCGUGUUCUUACUGAGGAAGAUUACGAGAAAUUACAAGACGAAGAAGAAAUGCGCAAUCGUUUAAUGGCUAAAGGCUUGGUGACAAUUCCACAAACCGAGCUCGAUAGGUUGAAGGCGCCUAAGUCUUUCAAUGACUUGAAACGGCUCGCCGAGCCCUUGGGGUUCCAUAUUGUAUCUUCACCUGAGCUCGAGUCCUUGAAGAAUCCUCUGUACGACAAUUUGGUUAAUUACGCAAAUCUGAAGGGAUACCAUUUGAUAACGACAUCUCGGUUCGAAGAGUUGCAGUCUCCUUCUAAAGAACAAUUAGUUGAACUUGCAAGGGGUCUUGAUCAAGUUUUACUUUCUGAGGAAGAAUACUCAGAUUUGGCAACUCCCUCCAAAUCAAAACUUGAGAAGUACGCUCGCCAAAUUGAUCAUGUGCUCGUUCCCAAACUCACACUUAGCUCGCUUGAAUCCCCACUGCUUGACGUGCUUGCCGACCAUGCAUCCUCUCUUGAUCACACCUUGUUGGCGAAUGACCAUUACAGACGUCUUAUGAAUCCCACUCGUGAUGACGUUGUACUCCAGGCAGAAACUUUCCAUCUGGAGGUGGUUGCAUCUCUGGAGCUUGAAUCAUUGCGUCAACGUGCUGAGCAUCCUAGCGAAGAGGCGGUGAAAAAACAUGCUGAUGCAUAUGGGCUUAUCACUAUGUCGAAGAGUGCCUACACUGACAUGUACUCGAAAGCAAACGAACCUGAUGUUGAGCAUUUAAGGAGUGUGGCGACUAAACAGGGCAAGGUGUUGGUGGUUGAGAAGGAUUUCGAUGAGAUGAGAAGAGAUCAAGCAGAAUUGAAAGCGAAACUUAAGUCUACAACAACCGAGCUUGAGCAAAGCAAUGUGGAUCUAGAACUGGCCAAUAAGCAGUAUGCCGAUUUGUCAGCAUCUUUGAGACAGCAAACUGAGGAGGUUGAUCGACUCACUAUGGAGUUACACCAGAUUAAUGCUGAAUACGCCUCCAUUAAAACUACUCAUAUGCGAGAACUUGAACUGCUUAAAACUUCGCAUUCCAAUGCAUUGAACACUGCCAAGAAGGAGCUUAUAGAUUCACACAAAAAGGAACUUGCAACUGCUAUUGAGAGGUCUGCUGCAGAAUCUGAAGCAAAAGCGACUGCUAGAGCUGAUAGUAAGCAUACGGAGGCUCUCGAACUGACGAAAUCCCAGCAUGCUAAAAUACUCGAACAGCUUAAAAAUGAUCAUUCGAGUGAGAUGGAGAAGUCAGAGAGCGAAAAUACGCGCCUCAAAGCUUUGUUGCAGCAAGAAGGUGAGAGUCAUGAACAAUCACGCAAGGCCCUUGAUCUGAUCAAGUCAAGUCACAAUAAGGUCUUAGUUGACUUUGCUGCCCUCAAGAGUGCCCACUCUGAAGUUCUUGAAAGUCGAAAGAAUUUAGCAGCUAACCUUGCCACGAGAUCGUCAGAGUUUGAAUCCAGAUCUAAUCAAUUAGCUGAAAUCUCCACUAAGCUUCAAACUGUGUCAUCUGACAAGGAGGCGUUGGAAAAGCGCUUGACAAUUGCCACUGCUGAGUCCACCAAAGUUAAAGAGGAGCUCAGCGAUGCAAUGAGUCGCAUUUCGGAUUUAGAGAAACGACAUGAUGUUGCUACUCAGGAUAAGGCGGUUCUCGAAAGGGAAUUACAAGACCUGGCGGAUCAACGAGUGGUGUUGCAACGGCAGCUCAACAAUCAUUUGAAAGAACGUGAUGACUUAAUCGGAAAGCUUGCUUCUAUGGAUGCCGAGAAAGAAGAGUUAAGCGGGAAGUUGAAUUUGAAAGUUUCGGAAAAUCUUGCUGAUAAGGAAAGGCUAGCAUUACUUGAGUCGCAAUGUGCAACUAUAACCGAGAAGCUCGAACGCGUCACGAAGGAGCGCGAUCUACUCGACAACAACCUCAAGUCAAUUCAACAUGAUCGUGAUCUUAUUGCUUCAAAGCUUUCACUGGUUGAGGAGUUGCAUGAAAAGGUAUCAUCUGCUUACGAUGAAGCAAAGUUAACUCACGCCCAUGAGUUGGCUAAGGCUAAUGCUCCGAAACCAUUAGAUGUAAUGACUAAGGAUCUUGAAUCUAGAGGUAUGGUUGUCUUGCUGGCUGAUAAACACAGAGAGCUUACUCAGCCUCCGCUGGAUGAGAUAAUGCUGUCUACAGCAAAAUCGCGCGACUUGGUUAUUGUGCUGAAUAAUGAGUGGAAGCUGCAGCAAGAUGAAAUCCAACAAUUAAAGCAAAAGGUUUCCCAGCUUCUUAACCCUAGUGUGGACGAGAUUGAAAGGUAUGCUAAUGAAAAUGGUCGUGUUGUGCUUACUUCUGAGGCUCUUGAACGCUUCAAAAAUCCUCUGGAGGAACUGCUUGCAUCAAUUAGUGAGGCUCGUGGGUUGGUUGUUAUUGCCAAAAAGAAAUACUCCAUUUUAGAGUCACUUGCCCAAAAUCCCUCUUUACUGGUUGUACAAAAGCAUGCCAGUCGUUUAGGUCAACUGUUGCUACCCAAUGAAGAGGUUGAGAGCUUACGUUCACCUCUGGCAGAUCAAGUGGCGCGUCGUGCUCGUGAGGUAGGAAUGAUUGCUCUUCCAGAGAAAGAGGUUACAUCUUUACGUGUUCCUCUGAAGGCGACAUUAGCGGAAAGGGCUCGUGAUUUGGGCCUCGUUUGCAUCGAGUCGGAUGUGUUCCAGAAAUUGAAACAACAAGCUGAUGCUCCUCUGCGUGAAGACAUUGAAAUGAAAGCUGAGGCAAUGGGUUUGGUGACGGUUCCAGCUCAUAAGUAUGAUCAAUUGAAGACGCGCGCCGAGCAGCCGACUUUUGACCAGCUUGAGGUACACGCACGUAAGUUGCAUUCGUCCGUAUUAUUACCUCAAGAUGAGUACAAUCGUCUUCAGGAAUCCCCUAAUGCCGAGCAAUUAUCGGCUUAUGCCGCUGAUCUCAAUGCUGUUGUUGUGCCCAAGGAAAAAUGGCAUUUUGUUCAGCUGGAUGCUUAUGUGACUCUGAAAGCUGCCGAGAAUGGUAAUGUCGUAUUGUCCAAACUGGAGUUUGAGAACUUCACUAGACCGCGCUCUGCUGAUGACAUUGAAAAGGACGCUUUGCAAUUGGGUAAAAUAUUAAUAUCUCCUGAUGAGAUCAGCAAAAUGAAAGAAGCUAUGGAGCUGCCGUCCCUUGAUUAUCUCAGGGAAAAGUUAAACGCCAUGCGGUAUGAGAUGGUCUCAAAUGAAGAUUAUGCUAAACUAAUUUCGCCGGCUCUGAUAGAGGAGCGAGGUUUAUUGUUGGUUCCCCAAGCUGAGUAUGAUGACUACAAACAAAGAGCUAAUUCUCCCACGAUUGAGCAGUUGGUGACUUUAUCGAGUGGGUUAGGGUUGAAGGCCAUUCCCCAAGCAGAAUUCGAAAAUCUCAUUCAAAUUACCACAAAGCCUACGCAGGAACAAGUCACUAAGUUGGCGCAAUAUUUGAACCUCGAGCUUGUCGCCCCUGAACAAAUCUCACAAUGGAAACAAGCUGCCGAACUGCCAUCAUGGGAGAGAAUUGAAGCAAUCGCUUUGAGUCGAGAUAUGGUAAUCGUGCCAAAAGAUGAAUUCAACAUUCCACUGGUCGAUCGUCUCAAGCUGGCUGCGCUGGCACGUGGUAUGGCUGUGGUAAAUUCCGCUGACUACGCUGCUACUUUAAGACGUGCCCACACCCCAGAUCUAGAGUAUUUGUCGGCAAAGGCUGCUGCACAGGGUAUGGCGGUUGUAUCUCAAGAAGUAUACGACCUGUUGGUUGAUCCCCCGAUCGAAGACCUAGCCAAGUUGGCUGAAAAGCACCACAUGACUUUGGUGUCACAAUCUGAGUUUGCCCAGAGUAAAGUCCAACUUGAGAAACCGUCUUUGGAAUUUUUGGAAGGCAAGGCUCGCGAACGUGGGCAAGUCCUCAUCACGAAGGAGGACCAUCAGCAAUUAGUUAGCUCAAGACUCCCUACUUAUCUUGAACUGGAAGCAAAGCAAAAGGGAAUGACUUUGGUUAAAAUUGGAACUAUUGAUGUACUAGAGGAGCGGGAAAAAGAUUUGCGUGAAGAAUUGGACGAGUUGAAACUGACUUUUGAAACUCUGAAGUUGGACCUGCAACGUAAGUUGGAAGCAUUGUCGCAACGGUUGGCAAAUGAGGAGGCUGCUAAACAAGAACUUGUUUUGAAACUUGAAGAAAAUCAGGAUAAGGCUCGCGACGCUGCGACUUUGAAGGCCAAAUUGGACUCGAUUGAAAUUGAAUUAGCCGCUAAGGAAAAGGAAGUUGUUCAAAAAGAUACGUAUAUCAAAAAGGUAACAAAGACCUUAGAGGAAGUCCAGUUCCAAUUGCAGUCCAAUGAAGGAAUGCUAGAGGUCAGGAAUAAAGAGAUACAAACCCACAAGGAUACCCUGCUUGAACAUCAGUCGGUUAUACGUGAUCAAAAGAAUCAGCUCGAGACUCUUGCAUCUGAAAAACUGGCACUCGAAAGCAAGAUUGCUGAAUUUGAACUUUCGAAGGCCACUUUGGAGGACAACUUACGACAAAUGGAGUCUGUUUCGAAAUCUGUAAAAGACAAUGAGCUUACAAUUACAGAUCUUACGCUGGAAAAAAGGCGCCUUGAAAAUGAAGCUGUUAAAUUGAAUGAGCAAGUAAGAACUCUUGAAAAGCUGGAACAAUUGCUUAAUGAAAAGCUUAGGGGUCUUGAUGAGAAAAAGUUGAAUUUUACGCAGGAGAAGUCGGAAUGGGAGAAACUCAAAAAUGAGCUUCAGGAAAAGGUGAGCGAACUUGAAGAAAGACUAGCCACUGUGCAACUAGAAAAGGAGUCUCAGUGUGUAUCCUUAGUUGCAGCGCAGAAUGAGCUUCAACAGAUUAAAUCUAACCGUGACGCUAAAUUCGAUGAACUCGUUGCUUCUCAUGAUUCAAAGGUGAAGGAGGUUUCCGAUGAGCAUGAAUCAAAGAUCAGAGAACUCAAAAACUCUCACGACGCACAAAUCAGUUCACUUUCAUCAAGUCACAAUCAUCUGUUGAGUGAGUUGGAGAGGAAAUACCAAGAUCAGCUUGAGAGCAGCAGUCAAGAGAUAGAGACACUUAAGGCUCAACUUGCAGCAAUAACAGACAAGCUCUCAGCAUCAAAAUCGCAACUGGAAUCUGGUGCUGCUGAAAUCGUCAAAUUGAGGGCAGAGCUUGAGGAACGAGAUCAUGUCAUAGAUGAACUUCGUCAGCAGGUGUCAAAGCUGGACGCUGUUGCUCACGAGCAGGAAAGAGCAAUCAAAGAGACCGAAGCGUUAUUUAAGGAUGCUAAGGCGGAACUCGAACUGAGGAAGUCAGAAAGUAUCGAGUUGCAAGAACGCUAUGAAGCUCAAGUUGCUGAACUCUCCUACCUUAAAGAUCCAAAAAAUCUUGCCGAAAUCUGUCAACUGCAGGGGUUUAUUGCUGUCUCUAAACUCGAUCAUGAACAUUUGCAAGAGCUUGCACAUACACCGACUGUGGACCAUUUGAGUGAUAAAGCCAUAAUCCAUGACAUGACUGUUGUAUCCACGAGGGAACUUAAUGGGCUUCGACAACAAUCACAACAACUCAAGGAUAAUGUUCUUGUUGCCAAGGAUAAGUAUGAAUGCCUUACUCUGCCACUGGUGGCAACUCUUCGCGUUGAAGCUGACAAGCAUAAUAUGCGAUUAAUCGACACAACAGAAUUGGCUGCACUUAAGCAACUGGCCAAUGAACCUCUUGAAGAUCGAGCACGUGCUGUGGAGAAAAAAGUCAUUCCGAUGGCGGAUUAUGACUCGCUCGUGUUGAGAGCUACUCAACCACUGGUGCAAGAUGUGAAUGAAUAUGCUGCAAGAUAUGGAAUGACGGUUCUUGAUGUUGCUGACUACAAAACUCUCAAAGAAACAGUUGACAAGCCUAUCACUCAACGCGCGUCCGAAAUGGGCUAUGUUGCACUUUCUAAAGAUGAAUUUGAGCAGCUUUCGGCACGAUUUGAUCAUCCCCUGACUGAAUAUUUGCAAAAGAAGGCGAAAGAACGCAAAUUGGCCAUGGUUCCUGAAAGUGAAUAUCAACAUCUUAAGCUGGAGGCUGAGAGAGAUGUGAAGGCGAAGGCUGCUGAAAAGGGUAUGGUGGCGAUUCCUGCUGCUGAGUUAGAUGAAUUACAUCGUCAAGCCGCCAAAGAUGUCCAUGCAAGAGCAUCGGAGGAAAACAUGACUGUUAUCCCUCAACAUGAGCUUGAUAAGUUACGCCAAGAAGCUCAUAAAAAUGUUCAUCAACGCGCUCGCGAUCUGGGAUUAGUUGUCUUACUGGAGGCUGAAGCGAGCAAGUUACGUACUGAUGCAUCUAAAGAUAUUCACCAACGAGCUCGUGAGAGCCAAAUGACUAUUUUGGAUGACAGCGAGUUGGCGAAAUUGCGUGCUACUGCUGAUGAAGUUGCUAAGACACAAGAAGUCCUUAACAUGCUGGAGAAGCAAAGGGAUAAUCUUCAAAAACGCAUUGAUGAAUUCACCACGCAAAUGAAUGAAUACCAUGAAACUUUAGUUGCAAUCAAAGGGGAAGUGGAUCAAUAUCGCAACAUGGAUUUGGAAGCAUUAGCUAAAGAGCAUCACAUGGUUUUAGUUAGUGAGUUGGAGGCUGCUAAAAUCAAACGGGCGCUGAUGAUUCUGCUGAAGCUGAUUGACAACUUCAAGGAUGCUAACGACACAUUCGUGCUUCUGAAAGAUGAGCUUAAGACCCUGGCUGAACAACAAGGGUUUGUUUUGUUGACGCAAGAUGAAUUCGCAGCUUUCCAUAAAACUGAGGAUGCGGAGCAAGCGAAGAAAGUUGAUGAGCCUGCCAACCCUACUCUUGAACUGGUUGCAGCUUCAGCUAAGAAAUUGGGACUUGUCACUAUAUCAAAGCUGGAAUAUCAACGAAUCCUUCGUGUGGUUGACCAAUCACAUGACCGUGAAGCUGUGGUGCAGUCCGCGCGGAAGUUGGGAUUGUUGGCUGUACCUGAACUGGCAUUUGUUCCCACUACAGUUCAACGAGCCCCAGAUUUGAGCAAUGUCACGUUGAUACCAACGACUUAUUAUAACAAGUUGUCACGAAACGACGCGCUUUGCAUCGACAAAGUUACGGAUGACGUUUUUCGCAAGUAUGCCGAGAAACGUGGCUACACUAAGGUGUCCUCGACAGGUUCUGGGCCGCUGACUCCGAACGAUACAAAAGUGACGCCAAUCAUGGAACUGCUGCCUACGAUGCAAAGUCAAGCAGCUAAUUCGAAGUUCACCCCCCCUCAACCAUUGGCUAAAAGUACGCGACAAGUUAGCUCUCCUCUGAGCUACGGCUCGCUGAAAAUGGUUUGCGGGUUACUUCCGGCCCUGGAUCUGGUGCGACUGAAUUUGUCAUUAACUGCUGAUCUGGUCAGAACUACAGGUAUGCUCUCUAUGGCAACUACGGCCCUGUUCACUGAUAAGCUGAUGAUGCCUGCCAUCACUCAGGUAAUGAUGGGUGAGUACUUGCAGAAAUAUUACAGAUCGUGGCUGUCUCUGAAUCAACGCCAUGAGCGCUACUUUUGGGUUCAUCCGUAUUCGGUGACUUUGUAUUGGCUGAGAGAAAAUCCGAUUCUCAACAAUCCCAACGAAAUGAAAACAAAAGCAGUUGCUAUAAUGGAUGUUAAGCUGGUUGAUGAUAAUAAUCCAUACCCGACUGGAUUGUACCACAAACUGAUCAUCGUGUAUUCUACCAAUCGUCAGAUCAAAAUUACGUGUGCUCUGCGCCAGCGUCAUAAUAUCUGGUACAAUGCUUUGAGAUAUUUGAUUCACAGAAACCCAGCAGACUUGUCAUUCGAUCAGGACGAACAUGAUGAAUUUGCAAACCCUUUGGGGGAUGAGGCGAAUGAAACUAUCGAAUUACUAAGAAAGCGUCACGAGUUCUUGCUGGAUAUGGGUGAGCGCCAGGUGCAGCCGCGUCAAAAUCUGAUUCGUCUGCCUCGUCUGCCUCGUUUGAUCAGUAGAGGAAACUCAUAUAGAAGUUUAGCUUAA